AUGUCGUCUUAUGGGAACCCCAUCCGCCGCCGACCGCGCGAAUGCAAGACCUGUCUGCCCUGCCGCGCCAGCAAAGUCCGCUGCGAUCGCAACGUUCCCUGCGGCAAUUGCGUCAAGCGCAACUUUACCUGUUCCUACGGUCGCCCGUCUACGAAACUCGCCUCCGCCUCCUCUACUCCCUUCCAGCCGCCUUCAUUUUCCUCGCCAUCCUACCCAUAUCCACGCCGGGCCCACACACGCGAUGGUUCCUUUGCAACAGACCUACCCUCGCAGGCGAGCGACGAUCCGGACCUGCCCGACCUCGUUGAUAUCUCGCAGUCGGAGUGGGAUGACAUCAAUACCAAAAUGGCUGCCAUGGAACACAUCCUGGGGAGUUUGCACUCGCUCUUCCAGUCUCAUUCUAACCGUCGACGGCCGGACUGGCCGCCGGUCGAGCGCAGGAAUUCCAAUCGGUCGGAGGGCGUGUAUGGGUCGAAUGCCUUGAAGACGGGUGCGGUCCAUCUGGGAUACCGCUCGGCGUUGGUGGACAUUCUCAACAAAUCGCAACGGUCUGAGGAUACGGCCCAGGCACCCUCGCAGGAUGACCUGCUGGCCGAGCUGGCAUUGGGAAACGAGUCUGUGGCAUACCCGUUUGUAGAUUUGUGGUCCUCCGACCCCUUCACCUUCAAUAUUGCCGGGGUGUGCGAUGUUCUUCCGGACGAUGAUAAGUGUUGGCACUUUCUGGGCUUCUAUAAGGAUAUUGGUGCCGUGCUGUAUCCAGUUUUGUCCGAUCUGGACGAGCUGGAACGCAAAACAAGUCAGCUCCUUGAAGGUCGGCGGCGUGCUGGUGGGGAAUAUCGACCCGAUGCCAAUGGGUUAGUGAAGCCGUUUGGCAUGGACUUGGCUUUUCUCAGUCUGCUUUUUGCGGUCCUUGCCUCGGGCUGCCAGCUGUCUGAUUUCCCGAGUCGAGACCGCGAAUUGACCUCAUGGGUGUAUGUGUCUUGCGCCUAUCACUGUCUGCGAAUGUUGAACUAUGUGUCGCAGCCCACGGUUGAGGUAAUACAGAUUCUCUUGAUUAUCAGCAAUAUUUUAUCAUAUAAUAUGAAUGCGGGUGCCUCUUACACCUUGCUCGGCAUGACGGAGCGUAUGUGUUUAAUGUUGGGUCUCCACGUCGAGUCGACGGGCUUUUCAUUAGCGGAGCAAGCCGUGCGGAGGCGUGUCUGGUGGACAAUGGCCUUUCAAAACAGCCAUUUCUCACUCGCGUAUGAUCGGCCUUCCAUCACCAUGGUCAGCCAGCCGGAAAUUCCCUUUGAUCGUAAAUCGAUGCCGGGCCACCGGUCCUACUUUGAGACCCUGUGUCGGAUCGUGUCGCUGGCUUUAGAAGUGCUGCGGACCCGCAUGUAUCCGGCCUCUUCACAACCGCGGUUUCACGAAAUCCGGGAGUACAAGCAGCGGAUCCAGCGGAUAUUGGCCGAGGCGACGCCGCAUUUGCAGCACCGAAACCGCUGCCAAACGCUGGUCGAGCACAUCGAGCGCACCGAGCUGCGACUGCAUUCAUCGUAUCUGCUAUCCGUGUUGUGCCGGGUUUCGUUGGACCCGCAUGCCCAUCUUGACGAGCAGCGCCGGGCCCUGAUCCGCGAGGACUGCAUUGCGAGUCUAAUUAGCACUGUCGACUCCUUUGUCGAGCUGCACGAGAUUAAUUCGCAUUGCUCACGCUCGUGGGUCAGUUUGCAGCGAAGCAUUGCAUCCGCCUUCUUGCUGGUCGCCAACGACGACGGUCCGCAGACGUUGGCGCUGAUAGACCGUCUGGAGGUGGUCCUGGCCGACCAUGUGUACGACGACGGGGAAGCUCACUCGAAUAAUCGCACCGAUUCUGCCAAACACCUGUCCUCGUCGCUGCGGGCGCUGCGCGAGAUCCGCGAGGCCUUUCGUGCCCGCAAGCCCGCCCCGGUUGUUCCUACUCGGGUGUUUCCCUCGCCUCCGUCGAUUGAUACGAGUCCGGAACUCCCGCCCAAGCUGGCGACCGUGCUGCCGGUCGAGGACUGGAGUAUGCGCAAUAUCCUGGCCCGGGUGUCAGACGUGAUGUUGUUUCCGAGUAUGAGCGGGGACGGUCCAGUCGUGUGA